GAAUAGAAGGAUCACAAUGUGCAACAACAACAACAGUACACAAUUGAGAAAUCAUGGUAGAGGUUUUUCUAGGAGCAGCAUCACCUCUUCUACUUCUAUGUUCUUAUCCUCCCAUUCAUAGGAUGACAUUUUGUAUGCAGACAAUGUAGGGGAGUUUCCGGAAAAACACAAUUGAAGUGCUCACUGGAUCUUCCUAGUAAGAUUCUGAGUAAGCAUGUCUUAUCGGGUCUUGCUGCUUCCUUGAUAUUUAUGUCUCCUACUAAUCAGUCUGUUGCAGCAGAUUUAUCUCAUCAACAAAAUAUAUGCCAGCUUGCCAGUGCCAGUGAAAAUGCAGUGAAGUUACCAUUUGAGAACGACUCCAAUGAAAAUCUAAUGAUGAUGAGAGGUAUGACAGCCAAUAAUUUCGACCCGGUCAGAUAUUCAGGAAGAUGGUUUGAAGUUGCUUCACUCAAACGUGGUUUCGCUGGACAAGGCCAAGAAGACUGUCAUUGCACUCAGGGUGUGUAUACAUUUGAUAAGGAGGCACGAGCUAUCCAAGUUGAUACUUUUUGUGUUCAUGGAGGCCCUAAUGGAUUUAUAACUGGCAUUAGGGGAAGGGUUCAAUGUCUUUCACAAGAAGAUUUAGAGAAAAAUGAGAGUCAGCUUGAGAUGCAGGAGAUGAUCAGAGAAAAAUGCUAUCUCCGCUUUCCCACAUUGCCAUUCAUUCCCAAAGAGCCUUAUGAUGUGAUUGCUACUGAUUAUGACAAUUUUGCUCUUGUUUCUGGAGCUAAAGACACAAGUUUUGUUCAGAUAUACUCAAGGACACCUAACCCUGGACCUGACUUUAUAGAGAAAUACAAAGCUUACUUGGCAAAUUAUGGAUAUGAUCCAAGCAAAAUUAAAGACACACCUCAAGAUUGUGAAGUAAUGUCCAAUAGUCAGUUGACAGCUAUGAUGUCUAUGUCAGGGAUGCAGCAGGCACUAACAAACCAGUUUCCUGAUCUAGAAUUGAAGGGCUCUAUUGCAUUUAACCCCUUGACAAGUGUAUUUGACACUUUGAAGAAGCUUGUUGAGCUUUAUUUUAAGUAAUAACUGAUAACUUUAGCUCAAUUAAGUUCCAUUAUAUUCUGUGUUAAAAUAUAUUACUAAUUAUGCCUUCUUGUAUGUAGAAUAAUGAUAUUUGAUAGCAGCCUUUUUAUAACAGGUGAAGUAUACACUGCUAAUAUAUGGCAUCUUA